AUCGGUCGCGGUUGUAUCAUCAAUUUGGGAUCUUGUAAUUCCUACAUCCCGACUCGAGGGAUUACCCAGUAUACCACUGCGAAGCAUGCGGUGAUGGGGAUCACGAAGAAUGCAGCGUUGGACAACGCAGUCCACGGCAUACGAGUCAAUGCAGUCUGUCCGUCGUGGGUGCAAGGGCCGAUGAUGGAUCGAGCUCUUGAGGGCAGUCCUUCUUUGAAGGAGGAAGUGUUAAAGGUUAUUCCCCUGGGAAGGUUGGCUCUUCCAGAGGAAGUCUCAGAGGCGGUCAUGUUCUUGAGCAGCCCGGGAGCGAGCUAUAUUACAGGCGUUGGAUGGAUAAUCGAUGGGGGG